CUCCGGGACCGGUCAGACCGGCGUCGGGAGACGAGCUUGAGUUCCUCACCGGCUCCCGGGCACAAUCACCAUCACCAGUGUGGUCUGGAGCUUCCAACCUGACGGGCCCAGGGGUCAGGGUUGGCCCCCCGAGCGCGCUGAGGAGCGGGGUUCGAGAGCCAGGUCCGCCGCGGCUUUGAGACCACGGGGAAGGGGGCGCGGCCAUGACGGAUCGGGGACCCGGAGACGCGAGAGGCCCGAGCUGAGAGAAUCUUGGAGGACAGGGCAGACCGAUGCGGACGGGGGCGGCCCGAGAGCAGCCCGAGCCGUGGAGCCCCCGCAGAGCCCGCCGACUGACUGGCGCUAGUUUUUUUGACCACAGUCCCCGACCUCCUUCGAGAAUGGGGAACGUGCAGUCGGAGCCGUCUGCGGGCGGGGGCUCCCGUAAAGAGCAGGCCUCAGACCGAGCCUCCGACCCCCGCAGGACGCCUCUGGUGGAGCCCGAGGUGACCCCCUCCUCCCCCGCCAUGCGCCUGGCUCGAGGGCUGGGCGUCUGGUUCCCCGGCAGCUCGGGGCCCCCGGGACUCCUGCUGCCUCCGGAGCCCCAGGCCUCGCCCUCGCCCCUGCCCCUGGCCUUGGACCUGCCCCCGCCGCCGGCCCGGCCCGGCAGCGAGGCUCAGCCGGCCGCGGGGGCCCGCGGGGGCGCGCCCCCCCAGGCCGGCGAGGGCGAGACGGCCCGGCCCGCCGCGUCCGAGUCCGGCCUGAGCCUGCUGUGCAAAGUCACCUUCAAGUCGGGGCCCCACCCGCCCCCCGCGCCGGCCCCGGGCCCCCUGGCGGCCAAAGCCCCCCUCGGGGCCGGAGGCGGCGCGGGACUGUUCGCCUCCUCCGGGGCCAUCUCGUACGCCGAGGUGCUGAAGCAAGGGCCCCCCCCUCCCGGAGCCACGCGACCCUCGGGGGAGGCGCCUCGCGCGGCUCAGGAAGCGGAGGGCGGCGAUGGAGACGGCGAAGGGUGCCCGGGGCCCCCCGCGGCGCCCGCUCCCCUCGCCCGGGCGCUGCCACCCCCCCCUUACACCACCUUCCCAGGUUCGAAGCCCAAAUUCGACUGGGUGAGCCCCCCCGACGGCACUGAACGGCACUUCCGAUUCAAUGGGGCCGUCGGGGGCAUCGGGACCCCCCGGCGGCGCGCGACCGCGCUCUCGGGGCCGUGGAGCUCCCCGCCGCCGAGGUCAGGUCAGGCCCACGCGGUGUCAGGGCCCCGGAGGCCCGCCCCCGCCCUGCUGGCGCCGCCCAUGUUCAUCUUCCCAGCGCCCACCAACGGCGAGCCCGUCCUCCCGGGGCCUCCCAGCCCGCAGACACCUCCACUGCCACCGCCGCCGCCCACCCCGCCAGCCACGCCGCCGCCGGUGCCGCCGCCGCCCGCGCUCCCGAGGACGCCGACCCUGGUGGCCCGGCCGCCCACCCCAGGCCCCGGCCACGCGGAGUCGGCUCUGGCUCCCGCCCCCGCCGCGGCUGCCGACCUGGCCCCGGCCACACCCCAAGUUCCAGCAGCGGCUCCCGCUGAGCCGUCACCCCCGGUGCCCCAACCCAUCAAGAUUCGCACACGCAGGAACAAAGGUCCCCGCGCGGCCCGGGCUGUGCUCCGUGAAGAAGGGACAUCUGGAGACGGCCCUCGAGAAGCCGGCGCGGCUCCCGUGACUGACAGCAGCAGCAGCAGCGGAGCGGGUGGCGGGGCCAGCAACGGAGCCUCCGCAGCCGGGACCCCUAACAAGGGCGCAGCGCGCCACUGGCCGCCCUUCGAGGUGCUCAACUCGUGUCCCUGCAAGUGUUACUGCCGCCAUCAAUCCCGCCACCGUCGCCUGCCACGCAACGUGUCUGCCUGGCUGAGCACACCCACCAACCACCUGAGCGAGCCACCCUGGGUGGCAACCGUCAAGCUGGCUGGCUCCCUGGUGGCCGGCCUGGAGCGCUACGACCUGCAGGCCACCCAUUCCACCUGAGCGCGACUGCCCAGCUCCCCCUGCCUCCCCUUCCUGGCCAAUAAAGUGCCCAGUC